GGCGCCGCGCUCGCAACAAAGGGCGCGGGCGGGUGCGGUAACCGGGGCGCGGGCGGGCGGGAUGGCGGGGAGGGCGCGGUAACCGGGAUGGCGGCGCGGCGGUCACCGUCCGGGAUGGCGGCGCGGCGGGCGCUGCCCGCGCUGCUGGCGCUGCCGGCGCUGCUGGCGCUGCCCGGGGCGCCCCCGAACGGCUCGGCCGUGCCCGAGCACUGCCGCCGGCCCGCGCCCUGCGAGAGGCUGCGGCGCGGAGCCUGCCUGGGGUCGGCACUGCCCUACGCCGCCACCUCUACUCUGCUGGCGGCCGACUCCGCGUCCCAGGAGGAGGCGCACGGGAAACUGCUGCUCUGGUCCGGCCUGCGCAACGCGCCACGGUGCUGGGAUGCCAUCCAGCCACUGCUCUGCGCUGUCUACAUGCCCAAGUGCGAGGAUGGGCACGUGGAGCUGCCCAGCCAGAGCCUCUGCCAGGCCACCCGUGCGCCAUGCACCAUUGUGGAGCGCGAGCGUGGCUGGCCCGACUUCCUCAAGUGCACGCUCGACCGCUUUCCUGAGGGAUGCCCGAAUGAGGUGCAGAACAUCAAGUUCAACAGCUCUGGGCAGUGCGAGGCGCCACUGGUGCGCACGGACAACCCCAAGAGCUGGUACGAGGACGUGGAGGGCUGCGGCAUCCAGUGCCAGAACCCACUCUUCACUGAGACCGAGCACCGUGAGAUGCAUGUCUACAUCGCUGCCUUCAGCUCUGUCACCAUCUUCUGCACCUUCUUCACCCUGGCCACAUUCCUCGCCGACUGGAGGAACUCCAACCGCUAUCCUGCCGUAAUCCUCUUCUACGUCAAUGCCUGCUUCUUCGUGGGCAGCAUUGGGUGGUUGGCGCAGUUCAUGGAUGGCGCCCGCGAUGAGAUCGUCUGCCGGGCUGAUGGCACCAUGCGGCUGGGGGAGCCCACCUCCAACGAGACGCUGUCCUGUGUCAUCAUCUUCGUCAUCGUUUACUACUCGCUGAUGUCGGGCGUCAUCUGGUUCGUCAUGCUGACCUAUGCCUGGCACACCUCUUUCCGGGCACUGGGCACCACGCACCAGCCACUGCUGGGCAAGACCUCCUACUUCCACCUCAUCACCUGGUCCAUCCCCUUUGUCCUCACUGUCGCCAUCCUGGCCGUGGCACAGGUGGAUGGUGACUCUGUCAGUGGCAUCUGCUUUGUGGGCUACAAGAACUACCGCUACCGGGCUGGCUUCGUCCUGGCACCCAUCGGGCUUGUCCUCAUCGUGGGGGGCUACUUCCUCAUCCGGGGGGUUAUGACGCUCUUCUCCAUCAAGAGCAACCACCCUGGGCUGCUAAGCGAGAAGGCAGCCAGUAAGAUUAAUGAGACCAUGCUGCGACUGGGCAUCUUUGGCUUCUUAGCCUUUGGUUUUGUCUUCAUCACCUUUGGCUGCCACUUCUAUGACUUCUUCAACCAGGCGGAGUGGGAACGCAGCUUUCGGGAAUAUGUCCUGUGCGAGGCCAAUGUGACCAUCGCCACGCAGACCAACAAGCCCAUCCCAGACUGUGAGAUCAAGAACCGGCCGAGCCUGCUGGUAGAGAAGAUCAACCUCUUUGCCAUGUUUGGCACUGGUGUCUCCAUGAGCACCUGGGUCUGGACCAAGGCUACCCUGCUCAUCUGGAAGCGCACCUGGUGCAGGCUGACAGGGCAGAGUGAUGACCAGCCCAAGAGGAUCAAGAAGAGCAAGAUGAUCGCCAAGGCCUUCUCUAAGCGCAAGGAGCUGCUGCGUGACCCAGGCCGAGAGCUGUCCUUCAGCAUGCACACUGUCUCACACGAUGGUCCUGUGGCUGGUUUAGUGUUCGACAUCAACGAGCCGUCGGCUGACAUGUCCUCGGCAUGGGCCCAGCACGUCACCAAGAUGGUGGCCAGGAGGGGGGCCAUCCUGCCCCAGGACGUCUCCGUGACACCUGUGGCAACACCUGUGCCACCGGAGGAGAGGACCAACCUCUGGGUGGUGGAGGCUGACAUCUCGCCAGAGCUGCAGAAGCGCAGCAGCCACAAGAAGAAGCGGAGGAAGAAGAAGAAGAAGGAGGUGUCUCCGGAUCCUGAGCACUGCCUGGGAGGCCCCACAGCCCCCCUGGCACCCAGCACCGUCCCCUGUCUGCCCCGACUGCCCCCCCAGCCCUGCCUGGUCACCUUUGCUCCUGAUGUCCUCCUGGGGCUCCCGCCAGGCCAGCCUGAAGCUGUCUGUGCCGGGGCACCCUGGGACAGCUGCCGCAGAGCCAAUGUCUUUCACCUUGUCAGCAACCCCUUCUGCCCCGAGAGCGGGAACACGGAGCAGGAGAGUCCCGGGCCCAGCCGCGGGCGCUGGCAGCACAAUGGGGGCCCGCUCUGGCCCCCCGACCCCGGCCUUCUGCCCCAUGGCCGGGCACCCUGGACUCAGGGCCGACGCGCUGGCCUGGCCCCCAUCCACUCUCGGACCAACCUAGUGGAUGCGGAGCUGCUGGACCCUGAUUCAGACUUCUGAGCCUGGUGGGACGUUGUGAGGGGACAAGGAUGCCUGAGGUGAGACCCGAAGCCUCAUACAGUGUGGGCAGCCUGUGAGAUGACACUGCAGCGCACCCUGACCUGCCGAGGCCAAGCAUCCCUCUGGCCCAGUCAGGGCUGAUUUCUCCCAUCGGAACAAGGAGUUUCUCCCCAUACUGCCCAGGCAGACUUGAUGCACAUCCCAGCGCAGCAGUCCACCACCAGCAGAAGGGUUUUGAGGUGUGUGUCCUCCGGGCAUCCCUGAGGGAAGAGAAAUGGGAACAAACCCCACCCAGGUCCUGCAGGGAUUUAAGGUGAAGGGGGACACUGCCUGGUGGCCCUCUCAGGACAAUGGGACCCAGCAGUGGGCAAGCACAGGGCAGAGCAGGUAUUGGUGAGCUUUGUCCUGCAUCCCGGGAUGCUUGGCAGUGCCAGUAGGGUUUUAGUUCUCACUUUUUGUGUAACACACGGAGACACAGUGGCCAGGUUCAGCCUCUGAUCUGAUCCUUCCUUUGUGGGGCAGCAGCAGCAUCCUCAGGGUGCUCCCGUGUUUCCAGGUGCGCCUGUGUUUCUGCAGGGCUCCCAAAGUGCCUUCCAGCUCCCUGAGAGUGGGGCCAGACCCAAACUGGAUGCUUGGUGGGAUGGUGCUCCCUGCCUGUGGGAGACGAGGAGCCACAGUGGGGUGCGUAGAUGUUCACCGAGCCACGAUGCAAAAAAAAAAAAAACAAA